UAAUCCGUAGCUUGUUUAACUUGCACCUGGACAGAAGGUGAUAAGAAAUUAACGUGCGCACGAGUAAAAUGACAUUAGCACCAAUGAACUCCUUAAGAAGAUCUCCUAAAACAGCCCUGGAUCUUCUAUGGCUACUCCAUGGAUUAUACAAAGUCUCUGGCGGAACACACAGAAAGCUGGAGGAACUCAGCACGUCUACAGCAUCUGUGGAGAGAGUUGACUUCUCAGGCCAGAGAGUGGAGAACCUGUGGAAUUCGUGGCCACAGGCGGCCGUGGAGACGAAGCCAUUGGAAUGUUGACAUAGAAUGCGUGAAACCCAGAAGACUCCUGGACCGUAUCUGCCCAGCUGCCCUGUGCAUUCACAGCUCCAGGAGAGUUCUUUUGAAGACCCUGACCUGGAGUUCCACACUGACUAUGGGACCCGCUCUCGGGGUUCCAUAUCCGGUCGUUGUUCGGCAUGCCAAGGGCUCGGCCCAAGAGUCCGGCUCGGAUUCGGAAGCCUAGGAUCUCGACGCUCUGGAGACGGGCGGACCGAAUGUGGCCAGGGUGCCGUCAGAGUCUGUGAGCUACAGCUGCACUCAAGCUAUGGUUCCUCACUUUCUCGAUCUCGGAUCUCGCCGAGCGGCCUGCUAUUCUGCAAUCUCCGCAUGCGGCCUGGAGGAACUGCGCCUUGGGGUCGCGGCACUGAUUCUUCACCAGAGUCGCCAACUGAAGUGCUGCAGGAGAUUGAAAAAUCGAGACAGCGGUGCACGCUGCUAUCGAUAAAAGGCCCCAGCACUUGA